CAUUGGUUGACGGGCGACAGAAUUUGAACGCAGAGCGUGUUGUCUCCGGGAUAGACAUCCUCCCGCACCAUUCGCACUGUAUUGAUUGCUCCUUUUCACAACCGUCACUGUCAUCAGAAUGGAAGCCUCAUACACAUCGGAACUUUUCUGCGACAUGUCCUUCAACGUAUCCAUAGGGGAAGAUGCUGCCUCGUUGGAGUACGACUCCCUAGAAAAGACACUGGUAACUGUCGUCAUGCCGUGGAUCCUUGCUUUUGGUCUCAUCGGAAACUUUGGCUUUCUCUUCGUCUUAUGGAGAGUUACGUGGAUGCGAACAACGCUUAACUUCUUCCUCACCAAUCUGGCCAUCGCCGACAUUCUUCUUCUGUCUGUGUCUGUCUUGGAGAAGAUCAUUGCUUACACCAUCUCGCCCAUAGCUGUAGAUGAGUACUUUCUGGGGGCAAGCGGCUGCGUUCUAUUGCAUCUGGUGAUGGAUGUUUGCUACUUCGCAUCCGUUUCUUUAGUAACCCUCGUUACUCUGGAGCGAUACUAUGCCACCUGUCGUCCCCACGCCCACCGCGAGCACAGCACGCGAGCUCGGCCGGUUCGUCUCGUGUCUAUCGUCUGGUUUUGUUCUUUUGCUCUUGCUUGCCCGCUCAUCCCCAGUGUCUGCAAUUUCACUGCUAUCUGCUUGAGUUGGCCGAAUGAGACGAGAUACCAAGAUUAUCCGAAUAUCAUGGGGCUUUGUUUAGGGCUGGACGUGGGUGCAUGGCUGGGUGACUUCGCCGAUGCGUUGCACACCGUGCCUUUCGUGGUCGCAAUGGCUGUCAACGUCGUGUUCUUCAGUAUGAUUAUCCGGGCUCUAAACAGCAUGGUUGCCCGAGCUCAGCGAUCCGGUUUCAGCGAUCGAAGCCAGCACAUACGGGACAGGGUGAGUCGCAUGCUGGUCAUCAACGGUAUCAUUUUUUUCCUGUGCCUUGCACCUUUCCAGAUCACGACGAUGUCCUUCCUCUUCACUCCCGAAGCAAAGAGGACUGACUUCGUGUGGAUGCAGGUGUUCCGCAUCCUGGUCUACAUAAACUCUGCCGUUAACCCUAUUGUAUAUAACAUCACUAACCCACGAUACCGUAAAGCAUUUAAACAGGCUUUCAUCACCAGACGUGGUCCAAGUAAACUCAAAAAUUAUUUUACAAAUCGAGCUUCCAGUAACGUGGAAAUGAACGCUCGUGGCAACACUAACACUAGGGCAACAUUAAACUCUAACGUUCAAACCUCAACUCAACAGAUAAAGACCAUGGCUAGUUCAUUCUGAGAUACACCAUGGUUGCAAAGACCAACUAGAAAUAACGAUGUUCACACGGGCGGUUGAUCAUUCGUUAAAAAGGGGAAAAUUAUGAAAGUAUUUUCAUAACAUCUGAAGAAAAAGUUGUUUUGUGUUGAAAAAAAAACCAUUUCUUAAGCUUGACAUAACACACAAAAACGAGACCUGUUCAGACCUACUCUGGUUAAGCUAGAAACAAGUUUCGCAUGUUUGGGACAUUUUACGUUCUUCAGUCACCUGCUAUGACUUUCAAUCAUCUUUGUUGUGUAAAGCUACUGAAUAUAAGUUGUGUAUGCAACCAUGUUGCUUGCAGUUUAGUCAUUAAACGGAGUAGAUUGGCAGAGUAUUGACAUUUGCGUCGCGUUAACAUUCCAAUGUAAAAUAAUUGCAACUGUUUGACAAUAUUUUUCGGAUGUGAGGAAAAUAUUGGGGAUUUUGACAGUGUAUUAAGUGAUAGCAAAAAGUUACAAAUUGCACACCCAGUUCGAAAGCAGUGGGCAAAUUUUCAUAAUGUUAAUGCUUAAGGGAACCUAAUUGUUGGAAAAUAUUUUGAACGUGUUUUUAAUAGGCACCUGUUUCUGGAUAUAUUGCAUGGAUAUACACACAUAUAGAGUGGUUAAUCACAGUAACUACACAUUUUCUGUGACUGUUAAUAUUUAUAUCGUACGGUUAUUACUUAUAACAUUUCCGGUAUAGCACUGAGGAAUUCCUAUAUUCUGUGAAUCUGUGAGUAUUUCGGUUCAAAGUGUAUAUUUUACGCUAACAGUGGCGGUGUACUGUAGGUUUUCGCGGGCAAUUUUCUGAAAGAUGACUUCAACGAAAACGCCUCACAGAUUAAAAAUCCUUUGCCUUCGAUGAAUAUAAUUCAAUCCCCCCAAUUCAUAAAAGUCAGUCAAAAUUCCUCAUAGUGAAAAUGGAUUGUGGCAUGUCUCUAAACGAAAUACAUUGAUUAAAAUACGCGCUUAUGUGCACUUAAGCAAAAUUGAGAGCGACAAUUUUUAGGCAAAAACAGAACGAAAAAGAUUAAAAACAUGUACACGAACUUGAAAGUGUUUUAUUCAAAUUGAGGCUUUUGCUGAAAGGAACCGCGAAAACCUAUAGAAACUCUAUCAGAAAAAAUGCUAACCUUAGUGUUAAUAAUGAAUAGAACCUUGCAGGCAACUGUUUUUAAUUGCAUAAAUCGGAGAAUCAGUUUGAUAUGCUAUAUUAAUCGUAUCUAGAUAUAAUCGAGUUGUAAGAAACGGUUAAUUGGAAACUACAUAACUGGGAGAUAAUGCGUAUGUAAAAAAGCUUGACAAUUAGAUUCUCUAUACCACUGUCAAAUAAUCGUCCGCUCACUCCAGAAAAGAAUGCACAUAGCAAGAAGUAUAA